GGAGGGGGCGGAGCUGAGCGUGCGCACGGUGGAGGCGCGCCGCUGACUGCCGUUGAAAGAUGGCGACAGUCACCGAGCUGAAGGCCGUUUUAAAGGACACCUUGGAAAAAAAGGGAGUACUAGGGAAUUUAAGAGCAAGGAUCCGAGCUGAAGUUUUCAACGCCCUAGAUGAUGACAGUGAACCCCGACCAUCAUUGUCUCAUGAAAACCUUCUCAUUAAUGAAUUAAUUCGGGAGUAUUUAGAAUUCAACAAAUAUAAGUAUACAGCAUCCGUCCUCAUAGCAGAAUCUGGCCAACCUGUAGUUCCACUGGACAGACAAUUUCUCAUUCGUGAACUAAAUGCAUUUGAAGAAUCAAAGGAUAAUACAAUACCUCUUUUAUACGGAAUUUUAGCUCAUUUCUUGCGUGGAACCAAGGAUGGCAUCCAGAAUGCACUUUUGAAAGGGCCUUCACUUCAGCCUCUAAACCCAAAUCUUGGCAAACAACCUAGUAGAAGAAAGCAAAUGGAUGAUCACCUAAGAAAGGAGGAGGGGAGAAGUACUAAUAUUGAAGAUCUUCAUAUUUCUCAAGCAGUAAAUAGAUGACACUUCCAUUUGGGAUAUCUUUUAUCUUACAAUUGUGUGUAUUAAAUAACUUAUUUAUUGUCCCAAUGUUACCACAAUGCACCACUAAUAUUUGUACUUUGUAGAAAUUUGAGUUUCUGCAAAACAUUUAGCCCCUCAUGUUUGACUGCAUUUGUGAAUAAAAGCUAACUGUCAUCAGGCUUAUUGGAUUUGACUUGAAAGAAAAUGUAUUAUUUUUAGGAAGUAUUUUAAAGGUUCUUACAUUUGUAGGAAAUGAAAGGGCUUUUUAGUACUCUGUACAUUUUUCUAAAAUAAUAUAUAGGUCUCUAUAAUCAUAUACUCUGCUCUUUGACAUGGCACAUUAAUUAAAUUCUCUUCAGCUGGAAUUAUGUGGCUUUAUAAAAACAUUCAAGUUUUAAAAAAACAUUAAAACCAGAAAAAAACUGUAAUUCCAUAAAGUUUGAUUUUUUAUUAACUACCUUUUUUCAGAUAACGAUUUAUAAUUAGGUCUAAAUAUCUGAGGUACUAUCUACAGUUGAACUUUUAAGCUAGAUAACAAUCUACUUUUUCUUUCCUUAGACCGUCUUGGCUUCUACUGGAAGAUUUAAUUAAAAGGUAGGGGGAGAAGUAAUUCUUUCAAUUUUGCUGUAAGUGAAACAAAGAGUUUAUUUUAUUAUAUAAAGAAUGUGGAAUAAGCAUGAAGAGACAGGCUUUGGGAGAAAUACCGGAAAGUGACUUGUAAAAGGUGGCAUUGUCUAACCUCUGUGUGGCCUUCAGCCGUGCAGUUACAGACGCGCCAGGAAAGGGCCAGCCCUCUAGUGUUUGGGCUCUGAAAGUCUUACUAAAUGUUAGUUUUAUUCUUGGGGUAGAAACUAGUAAGAGCUAUUACAGUGCUAUCUCUAAAAUGCCACUCUGAUAUUUAUUAAAGACAUUUUUAUAAUGUAGAGUCUACAGACUCAUUUCUUUGAAAACAACUGACUAUUAUAGUAGACAGCUCCCGAUUGGCAAGUCAUUUGGCAUAUUCAGAAUAAAACUUUGCAUGGGCAACUGUAUACUGAGAACAUUUAGCUUAAGUGAUUUCCAUAGGGAAGAGUGAUAAGGGCUGUAGUUAGCAAGACUGCUGUUCUCUUCAUGGUGUUAAUUCUCUGUGCUGUCUUUGCAAAUUGUUGAAACUUUUGACUUUAUAUUUGGUGAUGCUAAUCAGUGUACACUCCUUACAGAUUAACCAAUAAUUUUUAUCUAAAUAUGGAAAAUUAUUAAUGAAAUCCCUUUAAACCAUACUUAACAAGUCAAGAUUUUGAGAGGCCCUGGUGGUGGGUUAAAAUUAUAGAGAGAGAUGCAGAAGUAUUAUAAGGGACCAUUUUCCAUUUUUAAAUCUUAAAUAUCUGAUUACAAUUAUGAAUUCCAUUAUAUUGUAUGUGGGAAUAUAAAUAUCUGAAUUCUCCCAGGAGACUCGGUUUGUAUCCAGGGAUGUUGGCAGUGGACACUAAGUUUACCUCAGGGAUUUUAAUCAUGUAGGACUAGAUUAAGGAAAAAUGCUAGAGUUUAUAAUUUUGGAUACUGAUAUAAAAUCAAAAUGGAAGCUAAACAGAAUUGUCACAUGUAGGCCAUAGUGCUUUCGUAUGUAUUAUUCUGUAACUUGUUUGUACUGAGGCAACUUUUAUACUUUCAAUGUAUCAUUUAAUAAAAAAAAAAUUGAGCAACUCA